AUGUUUGGACUUUCGAAUAAGGGUUUGGAUUUUAAGACACUGGAUGAAUGUGAUAAGAAUGAUCCAUUGCUUGAGGCUUGGAAAGGACAAUAUGGGAAGGGGGUAUUUGGACAUCUGAGUUUACAAGAAAAUACCCAUGCUGUGUUUUAUGAUGAGAUGGUGAAUCAAGAUGAUUCAAGAAAUAGAUUAGUUGAGGAGAGUUGUGGAAUUAUUGAAAGUAUGGUAGGAAGGUUGAUUGAGCAGAAAAAGGUUAUAGAAGCAAGUAGUCUAAUGUGUAUAGAAAUGCAUCUGAAUGAUGAUAAGAUGAAGGAAGUGAUUAAGAAGGUGGUUAAAAAUUUUAAUGGGACAACACUAAAAGCAUUAAUAGGGGGUGGGCAUGAAGAUAGAAUGGAUGUUGAUGUUAUGAAUGUGCAUGCAACAGAAGGAGAAAAAUCAGAUGAGGAGAUGAACAAAAUGCUUACUGAUUUGACUAAGAAGACGGGGAAGGAUUUACCAAGUGGGUCCAAGGUUUAUUCUGUAUUGAAUGUCGAUGCUACCACAAAUUCAGAUUUGGGAAUGGAGAGGAUAUCCCUAACAAUCUUGAAGCCAACUGGUAUGUGUAAUGAUAAGGUUAUGGUUAAGCAACAGGGCGGUUCACAUAAGCAGAAUAUGGGAAUGGAAGUUGUAGUGAACAAUGGAAAUUCUAGUUUUGAUUCUCUGUGUAUAGUAACACCUGUGUGGAUAAAGCAAGCUGAUGAAAUAGAAAGAAACAUCUCUAAAAAGAGUAUUAAAUUUAAAAAUGACGGUCCAUCAUUUGAAGCUAGACUUGAUGAAUGUGCAUAUGAGAUGAAUACUUUGAAAGGGAAUGAAGGUAAAGAUGAUGCAGUUGUUGAACAGGAAUGUAAUAUAAUGACAAAGAGAAAUGUUAGAGCUAUAGUAGGGAUUAGCAUAAAUGAAGCAUGGACCUUCAUUGAAGUCACUUUUUGUACAAAGAGUUGUUGA